CUCCGCCCCGCUGGUGGACCUCGUCCUGCUACUUGAUGGUUCCUCGAGCCUCAAGCCGGAGGACUUCACGCGAAUGAUGAAUUACACGUGGGAGAUAGUACAGGAGAGUAAGGGGACUAACAUCCAGGUGGCCGUGGUGCAGUUUGCCAAUUCUGUUGAGACUCAGCUGACCUUCACGGAAUUCCAGAGCGACUCCAUUGAAGUCCUGGAAACUAAAAUCAAAGACGUCGUUCAGAUGGGCGGUGGCACAAACACCGGCCUGGCCCUGAGACACGUCCUGAGUCAGACGUUCCAGGAGCAGCAGGAAGCUCGCCCCACUGCGCUGCGAACUCUUCUGCUCAUCACGGACGGCACCGCGACCGACGUGGAAGAGCUUCAGAAGAUCAACAAGUCGCGAGCCCUAGAGGGCAUCACCAGAUUCGUCAUCGGGGUGGGUGACGUGUUCCACAAGGGCCGCGCCAUUUACACGGCCGAGCUCAUCGCCAGUCGCCCGCUCAGCCUCCACGUGGAGGUGGCGAGUGACUUCACGGCACUGGGGAGAGUCCUCAAGGCGCUGAAGGGGCGAAUGUUCGCUCUGGAGG